CCGCGAAGUUGGUGGUGCGCGUCUCGCCGGCUGACGCGCGACGGGCUUUUUGUGAUAACAGUGAUUUGAGACUGAUAAAAAAGAUUUUGAACAAGUAUCAUAAUGUUGAGAUCACCCGAAUCAUGCGCGUGCCCCAUCCGGGAAGUUGGUCCCAACAUGUCCGGCUCAUGCCCGAACGAAUACCUGCUCUUCAUGACAAUCCUGGAGGCUUUUAUCUUUGGCCGGUGCGACCUGUCUGAUCCCUGCAGGAGGGUCGUCAGUCGGGAUGAGCAUGAUGAAAAGUACGACUUCAUCGUGGCUGGAGGAGGGACUGCGGGCGCCGUGGUGGCGGGGAGGCUGUCUGAGAACCCGCAGUGGAAGGUGUUACUCAUUGAAGCUGGCGGAGACGAGCCCACGCCAUCAUCAGUGCCGGCCUGGGUGACUGCGUACUGGGGCAGAGAGGAUACCGACUGGAUGUACUUCACGGAGCCUCAGGAGAAGGCCUGCUUGGACAACGAGGGCAAAUGCGCUUGGCCGCGAGGGAAGAUGUUAGGGGGCUGUUCUGUAAUCAACGGGAUGAUGUACCAGCGCGGUCACAGUGCAGAUUACGACGGGUGGGCGGUGGACGGCGCGACUGGCUGGUCGUGGUUCGAUGUGUUGCCCUACUUUCUGAAGAGCGAGGAUAAUAAGGAGAUCGGCAAGGGAAUCUCUGGACAGUAUCAUAAUACUGGAGGACCUUUACCUGUGCAAAAGUUCCGGUACGCGCCGCAGUUUGCCCACGACGUGGUGUCGGCAGCCAUCGAGAUUGGCUUCCCGCCAACCGGAGAUCUCAACGGAGAGACCAUUACUGGGUUCACCAUAGCACAAGCUAUGAAUGAAGAUGGAUCACGAUUCAGUACCGCACGCAGUUUUCUCAGGCCAGCAUCCCAUAGAGAGAACUUACACGUUUUGUUGAAUGCUCACGUAUCCAGGGUCACAGUUGACCCAGCUCUCAAGAAGGUCACAGCUGUAGAGUACAUCAAGAAUGGAGAAACGAAGACCGUAGGCGUUAAUAAGGAGGCUGUCAUAUCGGCAGGAACAUUGAACUCUCCGCAAAUUCUUAUGCUCUCUGGCAUCGGACCCAAGGAAACCCUAGACAAAUUCAACAUCCCUACCAUCAGGGACCUUCCGGGAGUGGGACAGAACCUCCAGAACCACGUGGGGUUGACGAUGCAGUUCACCCUGAACAAAACUCCGGAUGUUCCUGAGCUGAAUUGGGCAACUGCAAUGGAUUACAUGCUGAACAGACAAGGGCCUAUGUCGAGCACUGGAUUGUCACAGUUGACAGGUAUAGUGAACUCCCGUUACGCGCCAUCUGGCGGCCGCCACCCGGACCUACAGUUCUUCUUCGGCGGGUACUACGCCGGCUGCAGCGACGGCACCACGGUGGAGCCCGAUAGUGUCCAGGAAAAGAGACAAGUGUCGAUCUCCGGCAUAAACCUUCAUCCUCGCAGCCGUGGCUACGUGUCCAUCCGGUCCAUAGACGCCCUGCAGCCGCCCGUUAUGCAGCCAAACUACUUCCUCGACGAACAUGAUCUGGACGUUCUGGUAGAAGCUGGCAAGAUUGCGUACCGACUCGCUAACUCUACCAUUUUAAGAGAGAAAUACGGCAUGGCGCCCACCGUAGGGCACGGCGCGGAGUGCGAGGGCGGCGGCGACAGCCCCACGGACGAGUUCUUCAAGUGCCUCGCGAGGCACCACACGGCGCCGGAGAACCACCAAGUGGGGACCUGCAAGAUGGGACCAGCCUCGGAUCCGAUGGCUGUCGUCGAUAUGCAGUUGAAAGUUCACGGAAUCGAAGGUCUUCGGGUUGUUGAUGCCUCAAUAAUGCCAAAAGUUAUAUCCGCCAAUACGGCCGCACCAACCAUAAUGAUAGCGGAGCGAGGCGCGGAGUUCAUUCGGAGUCGACACCAACUGUCAAAGAAGCAGCCGGGGGACCUCGGCAAUAGGUUCGGAGGUUCUGACAGCGGCUCAGUCGGCAACUACGCUAGUAACGAGAGCGACGGAGACAGGUGGACUUUUGGAGAUUAUCCAAGCAACGAAGCCAAAGACGACAAGUUGACCAAUCAGAACAAACAGUCUGGAUGGGACCAGCGGUGGAAGCCGUGGGACAAGAGCUGGCAAAACCCACAGUGGAACAAGCCACAGCACCAACACUAUGUUAACUGGAAUCAGAAUGUGCCUUUAAAUCAGAAAUACGAAACUUCUAGAUAGUGUUAAAUUAUUUUUGUAUUUGAAUAUUUUUAUACAGAUUGUUGAAGUGUAGACUGAAUUAUUGCUGGUAAAAAUCAGAUAAAGCAAAAAAAAAGUUACCAGUGCGUUCUUAAAUACGAAUAUGUGUAUGAAUCAGAAUAAAACAAUAGAAAUUCUAUAUUGUACUUGUAUAGGAAAGACGUGUCGUCGCCGUGCAUCGCUCAGCUUUCUGCGCAAUUGUAAAGUUGUGAAAUAAAUCUCAUAGUUGAGCUGCAAUAUUAAACAGUCUUGGUGUCACAAUGAUUAGUUACGACGUCACACGUUCACCAUUUUGAUUUAAUUCAAUUUUGGUGAACAUGUGACGUCGCGUGUAGUCUUAUUCUUAAAUCUGUGUGUAUUUUAUGAUCUUUGAGGAGUUAUUCAUUCAUAUACAUAGCUUUUGGAUUGAAACAGUGCUGGCAAGUAAGUUGACCUAUGCGCUGUAUAUAUUCAGAUCUCGAUCAAAGUGAAAAAUGGAAUGCAAAUGUGGCUUGCGAAUCAAUUGCUGUCGGGAUUUUCACUUACUUAAUCAGAGAUUAUGUUUUAUCAGGGCUCCCCAAUUGAUCUGAACAUAAAGGAAGAUAGAGUAGUUCAAUGUUCUUAACUCUUAUGCCAUUUUAAUAAGAGAUAAAUUUUAUAUUAUACAUUGUGGCAGGACAAAAAGAA